AUGUUUUCAUUUAAAAUCUUUAUAUUACUUGUGAUAUUACACUGUGCAAUUUGUCAACCUAUAGCCACAACAAAUGUGGCGGAAACAGCCACAUUAGUGGAAGAUUAUCCUGCUGUGAUUACUACCAAAAAUAAUUUGGAAUCUGCUGCUGUUGAAGCUGAACAGAAAAGUGAUUAUAAUGGUGAACGUUAUGCAAGACACAUUGGAGGUGGUGUUAUAGGAGGAGGUGUUAUUGGAGGUGGUGUUAUAGGUGGUGGUGGUUUUGCUGCUCCAGUUUAUGCUCCUCCUCCAGUAUCUGUGGUAUCAGCAGUUCCAGUUGUUACAACAGUUCCGGUCGUAACGACAAUACCAUCAUAUCCUGUCUAUGGUGGAUAUGGAGGUUAUGGUGGUGGUUAUGGUGGAGGUUAUGGCGGUGGAUUUGGUGGCUAUGGAGGUGGUUUGGGUGCUGGCUUUGGAGUUGCUAAAUUUAAAGUUAAAGGAUUUGGUAUAGGUGGUGGUUUCUUGGGUUAA